ACCAGGGGCAGACUGACCAUUUGGAAACUCGGGCACUGCCUGAGGGCCCGGGGUCAGUAGGGGGCCCCAUGAGAUGCCCCUGGUGCCUUUUUUCAUAGGCUUUUUUGAGUUUGGGCAAGGACACAGGGGCCCCAUGAUCCCCUAUUGCCCAGGGGCCCCAUGAGUUGUCAGUCCGCCCCUGGAUACAACCAGAGGUGGUCGGUGGGAUCGAUGGUGUGGCCACCUCCUUCCAUCCGCUCACAGGUGACUGCUAUGGCGGAUCCAGCAGCUGACGAUGGAGGGGCAUAGAUAGCAACCCUGCA